AUGUCGACAGAACAAGGUAUUUCUGCACCAGAUGCAACAAGAACUGAGGCAACUAAUCUCCUGAAAAGGAACUCGGAUGAUGUUGGAUGGGAAUAUGGUGUUCUUGUUGAUGCUAGCAACAAGGACAAGGUGAAGUGCAAGCUCUAUGACAAGGAGAUGAGAGGAGGGAUUCAUAGGUUGAAGGAGCAUUUGGCUCAUAAAGGAAAGAAUGUAAAGAAAUGCACAGCAAGAACACCACAGGCUAUGGAGGCUAAAGAGAAGUGCAAGAAGGCACUAGCUGAUGCAAAAAGGAAGGAGGAGAAGACUGUUCGUGAGCUAGAAAUUAGAGAGGAAGUUCAUGUAUCUAGGGUUGGAACAGAUUCAGAUGAAGUCACCUGUGUUGGAAGUUCAGAGCCCCACAAAUUAGGACCCAUUGACAAAUGGACACGAAUUGCUUUCAAUGCAUGUGAUAAUGAUGAGUUCAAGCAAAUGUGCGAAGCAAUUGGACAGUUUGGUCCAGGACUUGUGCCUCCAACUCAGGAUGCACUGAAGAGGAGAAGCAUAAUGAAUCAGUGCACCAAUUGUGCUGAUGGAACCUCUUUCAUCAACUCUAAGGAGAUGUCACAUGUCUCACAUAUCAGUGAGGUCAUCUUUGAUCUUGUGGACAAAGUAAUUGAAGAGAUUGGUCCAGACAAUGUGGUGCAAGUAGUGACUGGCAAUGCCUCUAACAACAUGGGAGCAAAGAGGCUAUUGGAAGAGAAGAGACCACACAUAUUUUGGACCUCUUGUGCAGCUCACACAAUCAACCUUAUGCUCCAAGGAAUUGGCAACAUGACUCGGUUCAAGAAAGUGGUUGACCAAGCAAAGGCAUUUAUCAUAUUUGUCUAUGGCCACACAAGGACAUUGGAGUGCUUGAGAUACUUCACAGAGGGGAAAGAGGUAGUGAGGCCAGGAGUGACUAGGUUUGCUUCAAACUUUCUCACUUUGAGUAGCAUGCAAGAGAAGAAGGACCAGUCAAGGAAGAUGGUGGUUCAUAGUAGGUGGGACUCAUUAAAGGAUGUGAAAUCAAAGAAAGGAAAAGAGGCAACAACAACUAUAUUGAGUCCAAGCUUUUGGAAGGAUGUGAAGCUAACAUUGACUGUUUUUGAGCCAUUGGUCAAAGUCCUCCGUUUGGUUGAUGGGGAUGUGAGGCCAUCCAUGGGUUUCCUUUAUGGAGAACUACUAAAGGCAAAGAGACAGAUCAAAGAGGCCUUUGGAAAUGUUGAGGCUCGGUUCAAGGAUAUACACACUAAGAAGAGGAAUAGGCUUACUACAACCCGUCUCAACAAGCUAGUGUAUAUCCAAUUCAACUCCAAGCUGAUUAAUAAGAGAGAAAAGAUCAAGUCAAACAAAAUCACUAAUGUUCUCUUGUCUAGUGAUACAACUGAAGCUCAAGGUUUUCUCCAAGAGGGUGGGGAUGAUUGUGCAUUAGUUGACUUUAGAGAUGGGGAGGAAGAUGAGAUGGAAGGAGCUAGGAACAUGCAAGAGUAA